AUGACGUAUUAUAGGCAGUUGGCCACCGCUUCUGUUAUGGGACGAACAGAGAGUGAACUCGUAGCGGGUUCCAGCGCGGAAAAUGCGCGGUCCUCCGUCGUCAGCUGGAAGGGCGAGCUCCUUGAGCAAUUGAUCCAACCAAUCCAGCAGUUCGCGUAUACGCACGGCAAGAAUGCGACCGGCUCAGCUAUGAUCAUAGACGCGAUGGAUCUCCUGUACUCUAGCUGGUAUGAUGGGUUUUGCCUUGUCUCAAGCAAUAAUGACUUCACCCGGCUGGCUGCUCGAAUCCGCGAGUCAGGACUAACUGUGUACAGAUUUAGGGAGCAUAAGACGCCCAGACCCUUUAUCGCUGCCUGCGAUGAAUUUAUUUACACUGAAAACCUCAUGCAUAUCGACAAGCUUGUGCCGCAUGCUAACAGUACUCAAAUUAAUAGCGAUUUAGCAAGUCUACUGUGGACAAUAGUAGAAGCAGCCUCUGAUGAUGAUGGCUGGGCUAGGCUCUCUAAGGUUGGCCCACUACUCACCAAGAAAUACCCCGACUUUGACCCUCGUACCUAUAGAUACCAUAAACUCAGCGAUCUCACCACCGCCUUAUCUUUCCUAGAAACUGCCCGCUGCUACCUUGGAAAGGGCUUAUCCACGGAGAUCUUUCCUAAAAACCCUGCUAAAUAG